AUGUGGAGGGAGCGGCGGCGGCAGCCGCCGCUGCUUCUGCUAGUGGCCGGCGCGGCCCUGCUGAGCCACGGGCCGUGGUACGACGUGGAGACCGGGCGGCGCGACGGCAACGUCACCGUGGCCGAGUACGUCGAGAACGACCUGCCGCCGCCGGACUCCAACAUCGUCGACGUGAAGACCUUCUUCAGCGUCAAGUCGCUCAACUCCAAGGACAUUGCCGUCCUCUUCGGUAGCUAG